UGCCUUUGAACCUAUACUAUUCUGCAACUUUACUUUUAAAGACUUUAUUCAACAAUUUUUGAUAUGUCUCCCCUCAUUUCUCAGUAUUGCUGUUUUCUGAACCUUAAGCUUUUAAGACCUACCAGCUCGGCUGACUCGCUUAUUUUAUAUUUCUUUAUAUUAUUGUUCAUACAUCUCUGUACCUUCUGUACUAGAUUGCCUCUUUCUAACUGAAAUGCGAGUUUAAGAGUUUACCUGUGCAUCAUACUAUUUAUUUAAUAGAUUGCUUAUUUACUCCCAGUCCUAAAUGAUUUGGCUUUUCCUUCUCUGUAAGAUCUUGUCAGGGCUGAAGAGCUUGAACUAAAUUGCUUCAAGAGUGGUCCUACAGCCCUUGAGAGGUAGGAACCCUUGUACUCAGCAGAGAUAAAACAGAUUCUUUUGCUUCAAGGGAUAUAUCAACUAUGGUGAGGAGCAAUGUCAGAAAUGAUCUCGAGAGUCAUAUGUCAGCCUUCCUCCUAUGGAUCAGAAGCAGGUAACGAGAACUUCUUUUAAUAUUCCAAAACAAGUAGAGUUGAAUGAUGAUAAUACCCCUGAAAGAGUUACUAAUUAUAAAAAAUUAUCAAUGAACAUCCUUAGGAUAGCUAGCAUCGCUGAAGGCAACACAAACAGGAUAUCAAAUUAAAAGACUAUUACAGCAUCUUUCAGGACAAAUAGUAUUGAAAACUUGCAUGCUAGGCAGCAUAUGCAAGGAGGAAAACUUCCCUUCAGAAAGAAUCUGGAUCCUAGCAAUUUGGCGAACAUGGAGGUUGGAAGCAGCUUAACUAUUAAAAAUCAAGCAACAUCAGCAUCAUCAAACCUCCAAUGAGAAAUAGCUUAUCCAAGACGAGAAUGGAUCAUAGCAUUCUGAUGAAAUUUAAAAGAUGAACUCUAGUUUAAAGAACUAACUCACAAGGAAGAACUUUAAUACAUCUUCAAGCACAAAGAACUUGAAAGUUGUCUCAACAUCCUCAAGUGUUUGUGAUGGCUUUACAAGCAAUAGACGAUAUCAACUAACAAACUUAGAGUCUCAUAAAACUCCAAAGGAGGCAAUGAACAUACUUUCUAAAUCAACAAUAGUCUUUCCAAUGAUCAAAAUGCUGAAAAUCUUCAAAGAGCGGAUAAUAGAAGGACUAAUGAUUUUAAUGACCAUAAUAAAGUAAAAGAUGACUGACUUUUCCAAUACCAAUAAAUUUGGCCAACCUCAUUGUGAAGCAAAUGACUACUAUAGGAGAGAACAGAGAAAUCAGUUGUUUCAGUGACAGUUAUCUUCAAAUUAUCAAAAAUCAUAGAAAUAAUUUACAAAACCAGAUAUUGAGUAGAUGAAAGAGAAUUCUAAGGUUCCCUUCACCUUUGCAGUUCCUUGAUUAGUCUCAAGAGGUUAUAGCUUUUCAAUUUUAUUGUGAAUAAUCCACUGAAAUAUCCCAAAAACUAUUCUCCUGGCUUCUCCCAUUUCCUGUCUUCUCUAGUGACCACACCAGACUCCAUAA